AUGCCUCGCAGCAAGAAAACAGGCAGCCAGCGACACAGGCGCACGGUGCUCCAGCCUCGCUUCAAACCCGUUCGAAAGCACCAUCGUGCGAUGACCGCAGCAAAAUCUACAGAAAAACGCGCUGCUAUCAGUGGGGCACUUCCUCAACCCAUCCGUCAUUUCCGCAUCCCUGUCAGCAAGGCCGAACUCUCUAUGGACCAAUGGGAUGCACGUGCACCUCUCAGGAUUCAUUACGGUGUUCCGGAACUGAUAAGCUAUGGUGCAGGGGAUACCGCUCAGCUUGAGUUUUUGCGGGUUCCUGCUAUGAAGGACCGGCGGAUUCUCGGCUAUGUGCCACUCCCCACCAGAUAUCGGUCGUCCUGGGUGUAUCUUUGCUACUGUGUAGAGUACUGGCUCGCGGUGUGGAAAUGUUGGGAUGGUGAGUCAAAGAAGAAUCAAAAAAAGCAGAAGAAUACAAAGACGCAACAAGAGAGGGCGGAUCUGAUUGACACCUCUCGCAAGAAUGCUGGUGCACGUUUCCUUCAAGCUAUGGUUGCCAGAAGAAUUGUGUUGGAAGAGUGCAUGGCGAACGGUGUGAAUGAUGAGCGGAUUAAAUCACUCGACGAGUUCCUCAUUCGCGAUCACCGAGAUUGGCUAUUCGUGGAGUUCGAUGAGUUGCCUGACGAUGCGGACAUGUAUUUAAAGGCCGAUCCGUUGCACCCAGGAAACAAGAAGAUGCUAGAAACGGGCUGGGGUGUAAACAUGAAUGAUAUCCCGAUGAUGCUUGGCGGGACGGACAAUGCAUGGAUGUCCAAGGGACUCGACCUCUCAGAGAUGUUCAAGAAAGAUAUGGAUGCAGCCCUCAAGCAGCUCAAAAAGGGAGGGGAAGAGAUCGACAUCGCAUUCAAUGAAAACGCGGAAUUGCCAGACAAGUGGCACGAGUCCCAUGAGCCUCCAAUUCGAUUCAUCAGUGAACGAAAGGACAAGUUUCUACGUGAUGGGUUCACCCUCGAUGAACCUCUGAUCUUUUUGUACCAUUGCUUGCAGGCUGAGGGGGAGAUCGAACGUGGAGACUUCCUGAGGGAAGUUAUGGACAUGCUAGCCAACGACGAGGCACGACACCAGUGGUCAUUUCGCGUCGACCAGCUGAUCGACGGAGAGAUGGCAUGGGACGAGUUCAGUGAUUUAGUGGCUGAUGGGUUGAAUUUGGAGCUGGAUCGGCGCGCUAACACAAUGGGUUCAGACGGUGGCGAGCCUGACCUCCCAUUUCUCAAGUUGGAUGCGAGGAUCGCGGUGCGAGCUUACUUGCGCAAUUCGAAAAGAAACCCCGACACCGCUGCCGAUAUAUUUCUUCGCAGCAUCAGUAGAUUUUCUGAUCCAGGUGCGAGGGAUCUCAAGGUGUGGAAAUGGGUUAUGCAAAAGGUCAAACCCAACACGGUGACUACAGUGCUGCAGCAAGCACAUGAUCACCGUUCGAAAUCAUUGAGUGAGAGCCGAGGUGAUAAGCGGCAUGUUUCCCCACAGGAAAUGGAAAGCCGUUCGUCAAUGGGCACGGAUGGUCACGAGGAGGCUACCAUUAGAAGUGAUAGAUCGCCUGAGGUCACGGCUACACUGCCUAUGAUUGACUGCACAAAUGAUGUACACAAAACAUCACCUGUUCCCUCCUCCGUGGCGCGACCAACCCCUCCUGCUAAGGACAUCCCAUCCAACAUGGAUAUGGAUCAGACUGAGGCAUCUGUUCAAGAUAGCGAGCAACAGACUGCUGGCCAUACACCAAUGCUCCUAAAGAUGCGAAUCUCUAGCUCGAGGAGGGAGGCAUGGCUUCGCAGACAUAACCUUGAUAAACCCCUUGUAUUUUUGCACCAUUGCCUGGCGGAGGAGGAACACAUCGAGAAGGCAGAAUUUGUGCAAGAAAUUAUGGAUUUUUUCCCUACGGACCAGGAGCGAGAUCGAUGGUCGGAGAGAGUGGAUCACCUGUAUGAGGGCCUGACCACAUGGCGCCAGUUCAGUCAGUUACUCGCUUGUAGCCUAGACCUGCAAGACGGACGGCGGGAUGAUGGAUUCACGAAGGGGGAAAAGUCCGAGUCUCCGUUUCCAACCUUAGAUGCAAAGAUCGCUAUAAGGUCUUACCUUCGGCACUUGAAGGAGAAGCCCCAGGAUGCUGACCAAUUGUUCCGUGCAUGCGUGGAUCGAUUUUCCACCAUACCGAGUAGUGAUUCCGUAUGGCGUUCCGUGCAGAGUUUGAGCCAGACACUCAGCAGCAUCAACGAAGUCUUGAAGUCUGCAGACGCUUUCUGGUACAACCGUGUUCAUUCGAGCGCUGGUAAGAACCAGGAGGAUCAGCCAUCAACAUCAUCGAACGCCCCUCCUGAUUAUACUCCUGACACCAUCGUUGAAUUUCAGGAUGAGAUGGACAUAAGUCCCAACUCACCAUCAGAUCAAAUUUCGCAAUUCACUGCAGCACCUGAUGAAGAUGACCAAACGACCAGCGAGGACGACUUCAGAUCAGAAUCGAUUUUCUCCUUGGUGGACGUGGAAAGGGCCAUCAGGUCUUACAGCCACGACGGUAUCUCGUUCAAUGAGCUCCGCAACAUACUGUUGACCGACAUCCCUCCAAUUCAUGUACAAACUGUGCACGAAGCACUGCGGACACUCGAUCCUUGUCGGGUAGACAAAAAGAUACUCAACUCCUUGUUCAAGAAGUUGGAAGAGGAAGAGUCGUUGGCAAAAAGAGAUGUUGGUUGA